UUUAUAAUGCAGGGAUUUGGAGAUCAGAUUUUUCAAGUUGAGAGCUCUCAAUCUGGUUUGGAAAUUCAGAAAGAUGGAAAUAAAGAGUUUGAUGAUGAUGGGAAGCCUAAGAGAACAGGGAACGUUUGGACUGCAAGUGCACAUAUUAUUACAGGAAUCAUAGGUUCUGGAGUUCUGUCACUAGCAUGGGGUGUUGCACAGCUUGGGUGGAUUAUUGGCGUUGCGACUCUUGUCAUCUUCUCCGGUAUCACAAUAUACACCUCUAGCCUCCUUGCAGAUUGCUAUCGAUCCCCACUUACCGGGAAACGCAACUAUACUUACAAGGAAGUCGUCAAGAACAACCUUGGCCGGGUGAUGUAUAUGUUUUGUGCAGCAGUUCAAUAUGUGAACUUAACGGGGAUGGUGAUUGGAUACACCAUCACUGCAUCGAUAAGCAUGGCUGCUAUCCAGAAAUCGGAUUGCUUUCAUAGCCGAGGCCAUGAGGCUUCUUGCAGUGUUUCUCACAAUCCAUACAUGAUAGGAAUGGGAGUUCUUGAGAUUUUCUUGUCUCAAAUCCCAAACUUCCAUAAGCUGUCGAUGCUCUCUGUCGUUGCAGCUGUCAUGUCCUUUGCUUACGCGUCUAUAGGCGCUGGCCUCGCCUUUGCAAAAGUUGUUUCAGGUGAUGGGCACGGGGGAAGAACCUUGCUCACUGGUGUAGAAAUCGGGGCCGGUCUAACAGCAGCUGAGAAGAUUUGGAGGAUGUUUAGAGCCUUUGGUGAUAUUGCUUUUGCUUACACUUAUUCUCAAAUCUUGGUUGAAAUUCAGGAUACACUAAAAGAAAGCCCUCCUGAAAACCAAGUGAUGAAGAAGGCCAAUCUUGUUGCUGUGUCAACUACUACAGCUUUCUACAUGAUGUGUGGCUGCUUCGGUUACGCUGCAUUUGGCACUGAUGCGCCUGGGAAUCUACUAACGGGCUUCGGAUUUUACGAGCCCUUUUGGCUCGUAGACAUCGCCAAUGCCUGCAUUGUGCUACACUUAAUUGGAGCAUAUCAGGUAUUUGCUCAACCGAUUUAUAGCGUGGUGGAGUCGUGGGCGAGGAGGAAGUGGCCGGAGUCGGAGGUGGUGACGAGAGAGUACACCAUAAGCCUUGACAAAAAGCAAAGUCUUGUGAUUAGCCUCAACCUUUUUAGAUUGAUAUGGAGAAGUUUGUUUGUGAUUUUUGCAACGUUUAUUGCGUUGUUAAUGCCCUUUUUCAAUGAUGUAUUAGCUUUGCUAGGAGCAUUAGGGUAUUGGCCUUUGACAGUGUAUUUCCCCAUAGAAAUGUACAUUGCCAAGAAUAGGAUUGGGAGGUGGACCCGGAGGUGGCUCGGCCUCCAACUCAUCAACUCAAUGUGCUUUCUCGUUGCCGUGGCCGCGACCUGCGGCUCGCUACAAGGGCUCGGUAAGGCGCUCAUGACCUACGAGCCUUUCAAGGUUAAGGACUAGGAUGUCCAUCUUGUGAAUUGUGAUGGAUUUUUAAGAAGUAUUGUUAGCUGAGAUGGUACUUGACCACCUUUAUGUAACUGCUCCAUCCUUAAUUUUGUAAUCUAGAUUGGGGAUAA